AUGACUUUACUUACGUAUUACAUCAUUUUCGCCGCUUUAAUAGCGGCUGGUGGGGCCGCGAAGUUAGACCAUUCGUACCUACCUCCAGCAUUCGCUGCAACUGCUGGAGGUAGUGCUGGAAACCUACAACUACCAUUCUCGAGAUCAAAUCAAGUUUCUCAAGGAGUACCGGCCGGAGGAUUUUUUAAUGAUCAUCAAGGAGUUGUAGUGGACGCUGCACCUGCUGUAGCAGGAGUAAGAGCCUCAAACCAGCAAAGCGGCUUAGGAGCCCCUAGGAUCUCGUACGGAUCCACAGAAUCCAAAGUAGGAGACGCUGCAUUUAGAGUGACUGCCCAGAAUCAAGGAUUUUUGAAUGAAUUUGGAGAACCUGAUUUAUCAGCCUUCCAUAAACCACCAUCUUCAUCUUCUUCAUCAUCAGGACAUUUACAAAUAAUAAGAGACCCGUCUCAUACACUUAAUUACCAAAACGUUAUAGGUAUAGAUAAAUUUAAUUAUGGUUUCGAAACAAAUAACGGAAUAAAAGUAGCACAAAAUGGGAUUGAUAUGAAUGGUGUUCAAUCACAAGGCGCAUUUUCAUAUUUUGGUGACGAUGGAAAACAAUACAGUGUGUCUUAUACUGCGGACAAAAAUGGAUAUCGGCCUCAAGGAAGCCAUCUGCCAACCCCACCUCCGAUUCCUCCAGAAAUAUUGUUAUCCUUGGAACGGAAUGCUAAGGAUGAAGCAGCUGGUAUUAUUGAUGAUGGUAAGUUAUCAUUU